GAUGCUCCCCUCUGCCGUGCUGACCGUUAACGAGCAAUCAAAUCGCCUACGCUCGCGCGCAAGGUAUAAAAAUUAGAUAUAGUAAGUUUCCUGUUUCCUGAAAAAAUUUCAACCGUCCUAAAAUUACUCGGAUCAUUUUCCGCUACGAAAUCGACAUCGAGUUCUUAUCAUUCUCAACCAUAAAAGUUUCAGAUAUGAGUUCCAUUUGCCGGAUCGAAAACUAGUUUGUGCGUAUACUAGCUGCUUCGGGAUUUGUAUGAGUUAAUGUCGAUCAUCCUGAUGAUCUAUAUUACAGAGUGUACCCAGAACGGAUGUAGCGAUAGAUCGGUGUCACGUGAACCCUCCGGAUAUACUAGCUUCCUAGUCUUGCUCACCUACUUUAUCGUGCUCUUCCAUUUCGUCGGAAAGUGCAGAAAUUUGAUUUGUGAAAAGCAAGGAAAACGGGGAGUGAAAUCCAUUGCGUUAUAUUUUCAUUUCUAAUAAAAAUAUUUAUAAACAUUUCCAUUGCAGGGGAUAUUAUGAAUUGAUUAUUUGCGAGGACCGAAAUCGCUCAGGGUCAGUUAUAGUGGACAAGAUCUUUUACAUUAGUAAGAUUACACUCUUCAGAUAAUUAAAUUGACCUUUCUAAUUAUUUCUUAUUAUUCUUUUAGGGUAAAUGCGUUUGGAUAAGCGCAUGGAAAUUACACUAUUGGAUAGUGUUGGAUACAAUCUUGUUAUAUAGCCGCGAACAGAGUUGCAGUAAUGGAAGAUUUUUUAAAUUUGCAACAUAGCGUUACAUAGAGUAUUUCAUAGUUUCUAAGUUUGUAAAUAUUGUUAUUUAGAAGUUUCUAAAUUAAAAUCUUGUUAUCUCCAUUUCAGAGGAUGUUAUUGGUCUAAUAUCAUAAUGUCAAGUUACUCAAGCCAAUUGGCCUCAACUUUAACUCUAAGUGUAAGGCAAAAUGAAGAGUUCAUUUGGAAAAUGAUCAUCAGCGGAUAAGGAAAACAGUCAAUACACAUGCAAAUGUAUGGUGGACAAUAAAGAGCACAGCUUCGUCGGGAUAGCCGUCAACUUGAUGAUGAUAUACUGUUGCGAUCUUGGUGACCCUCUUUCUCCUUGUUUUCCUCGUCCCCCGUUGCCUCCCGUGCUUACCGGCACGAGUGAGCGAGCGCGCGCGCGGAAUAAACGCGUGACACCGAUGUAAACGGCAAGGGUGGACCGGGGGAAAAAAAGGAAAAGGGGGAUCCCCCGAUUUCGUACCCCCGAUAUUUCAGCUAGUUCGCCGUCGAAAGCGAACUCCCGAUUCCAGUUCUGAACGGGCCGGCUGAGCAUUCGCAUCGUGCAUCGGGACAGGUCCAGAUCAUUGGAAGUUGACAGAAAAAGCAACAGGCGAAGAGAAACACGUUCUCCUCGUUGAUGUAGAUCGUGCGGAGUAAUCGAUGAUCGUAACGUUGCUGGAACCGUCAGGAUCGAGAGAUCACACAUUGGCUCUUGAUCGCUGAACACUAGUGUGACAUCCCUCGACGAUUCGACCCGGAAAUGUCAACCGAUGCGUGAAGGAUCAAGGGUGUGCAGUGCAGUGCAUACUUGAUUUUUGAAAGGAAAAAGUUCGAAGCACGACAUUUCCCGCGCUACGACACCGGAAACUCGCGGAGGACCAUCGUGAUCACGGAAGAGCGUUUGAACUAGGAUAGUAUCCCGAGAUCGAUAGUCGGUUACAAUUAGAAGCACUGUUAUGUCUUCGCGGUAGUUCCGCGACAAGUGGAGGAACAGUCGAGAGAGGUCAUCGAAGGGAACUUUUUCACGGCGAACUAGAGGAAUUCAAAAUGACGGAAGCGUCGAGGGAACCUGAACUAGCGGAUCCAGAAAAUUCGGACAAAACCGUGUUGAAUCUGGCACCUUCGUCGAACAAAACGAAACCGCUACCAGAACGUGGUACAUGGAGCACCAAGCUAGACUUCAUUUUGAGCGUGGUUGGUCUGGCGAUCGGAUUGGGAAACGUCUGGAGAUUUCCAUACCUAUGUUACAAAAAUGGUGGCGGUGCUUUUUUAAUCCCGUAUUUCUUGACUCUGGUAUUAGCCGGAAUUCCUAUGUUUUUUAUGGAGUUGGCUCUUGGACAAAUGCUGACUGUUGGAGGCCUUGGUGUUUUUAAAAUAGCACCACUUUUCAAAGGUAUUGGGUACGCGGCUGCAGUUAUGUCCUGUUGGAUGAACGUUUACUACAUCGUUAUCCUUGCUUGGGCUAUCUUCUACUUCUUCAUGUCCAUGCGUAGUGAAUUGCCAUGGGGUAGCUGCAACAAUUAUUGGAACACAAAGAACUGUGUAAACCCUUAUGACAGAGACUCUCUAGUAUGUUGGAAUCAGGUAGUCAGACGUCGCAACAUGGUCAAAAUGUGCACCGUCAAUGACGUCAACAUGACGAUCACAGAGCUUACUGAUCCAGUGAAGGAAUUCUGGGAACGUCGAGCGCUUCAGAUCAGCGAGGGUGUUGAGCACGUGGGUCACAUCCGCUGGGAACUGGCUGGAACUCUUCUUUUAGUUUGGAUCCUCUGCUACUUUUGCAUUUGGAAAGGUGUCAAAUGGACUGGGAAGGUUGUCUACUUCACCUCUUUGUUUCCUUAUGUUCUACUGACGAUCCUCCUGAUUCGUGGCAUCACUUUACCCGGGGCUAUAGAAGGCAUCAGAUUCUACAUCAGUCCUAAUCUUUCCAAAUUAAAGGAAUCAGAGGUGUGGAUAGACGCAGUCACCCAAAUUUUCUUCUCGUACGGAUUGGGCUUAGGUACCCUGGUUGCCCUCGGCAGUUACAAUAAGUUCACCAACAACGUUUACAAGGACGCUCUGAUCGUUUGCUCGGUGAACUCUUCGACGAGUAUGUUCGCCGGUUUCGUCAUAUUUUCCGUGGUGGGCUUUAUGGCUCACGAGCAGCAGAAGCCUGUCGCGGAAGUUGCCGCUUCCGGUCCGGGAUUAGCUUUCUUAGCUUACCCUUCAGCAGUUCUUCAGCUUCCUGGAGCACCUCUCUGGUCUUGUCUUUUCUUCUUCAUGCUUCUUCUCAUCGGUUUGGAUUCACAGUUCUGUACCAUGGAAGGUUUUAUCACUGCCAUGGUGGACGAAUGGCCACAACUGCUUCGCCGACGUAAAGAACUCUUCAUCGCGAUCGUAUGCGUGCUUUCCUAUAUUAUAGGUUUAUCUUGCAUCUCUCAAGGCGGCAUGUACGUCUUCCAGAUCCUUGACUCGUACGCCGUUUCCGGUUUCUGUCUGCUUUUCCUCAUUUUCUUCGAGUGCAUCUCGAUAAGCUGGGCAUUCGGUGUCAACCGAUUUUACGACGCUAUCAAAGACAUGAUAGGAUAUUAUCCUCUUAUGUGGUGGAAACUGUGUUGGACCGUUACCACUCCAAUGAUUUGUGUGGGCGUCUUCAUUUUCAACCUGGUACAAUGGACACCAGUGAAAUAUUUGGACUAUGAAUAUCCAUGGUGGUCGCACGUGCUCGGCUGGAUGACAGCCUUAUCCUCAAUGCUCUGCAUACCAGGUUACAUGCUUUAUGCUUGGAUGACAACACCUGGCGAUAGGUCUACGAAAUUCAAGCUGUUAGUACGAAUAGAAGACGAUGUAACAAGUCUACGAAUGAAAAUGGGUCAGCCAUCGGUCGAAUUGACACCACUUUAACUGCCACGGGUUCAUUUCGAUCCUAACACGGAUUUAUCGUCCUAAUCUUUUAUUAUUUCCUAUCAUUAAUUUAACGAGGACAACGUUGUAAUAUCAUUCGAUGGUUGUCGCCUCUGUUUUUUGUUCUUUUUUUUUGUAAAAUUACUUUUCUCGUUGAUUCGAAACGAACCUUUCAUUGUGUUCCUGUUUGCGAAAAAACAAAACGACGCGUAUUAUUUGAAUGAACUAUUAAUUGCCUAGACUAGACCUAGACUCUAGGUGAUAAUUCAUAGAUUCGAACGGGAGCUCCCAUCAAAGUAGAAGGCGGCUAAAAGUGUUCAGAAAUCGCGCGUUUAGUGUUCUAGCUUAAGUGUAUUUAAUAAUUUACAAGUGAGUACAAGUAAUUAUUGGCGUACGCGAAUAGUUCACAAAAUUGAGCUUGAAGAUCGUUGUUUUAUUGUUCUCGAGAAUGAUUCAGAACAUCCUAUUCGAAACGUUGAAACUAUUCGUGUAAGUCUGACAAAUUUAGCUGCUAACUUACUCUAGCAAUUGCUAACUUACUAGCAAAUAUCGGGCGUGUACCAUAAACAAAAAAAAAACUAUUGCACUUCUUGAAUUUAAUUAUUUAAGUACACGUAUAUUUACGCUGCCAUAAUUAUUAUAUAUUUUAUCGUUCGAUCGAUCGAUAAGCCGAAAUGUUUUUUCUUUUUUAUAUGAUUACAAAAAUGUCUCGGUUUACGCGCGAUUCUGCAGACGGUGUACAGUAGCGAGCACGUUAGUCUUCUUUAAGAAAAAUGGCGAUAUAGCGGAAAGAAAUCCCACUUGUGGUUUUUGGUUGAUUUUCAAAUUUAGAAAUUUAGUAAUUUCAGCUAUUGAAUUUAAAAAUUGACAAAUUUCUGGAUAUUUACGAGUUUGUGAAUUUGGAGUAUUAUUUAAAGGAAGUCUACAUUGCACCCGAGUGUAGGUGCAAAUAAUACUGAUAAGAAAAAUUGUAGAUUCGCGUAGAUGAAAUAUGGUAGUAGAUUGCAUUACUAAUAAAAAAAUAUUAUUAAUAUCUACUGAUCGAUUUCGAAAUCAUUUUGGAAUUAAAAUCUAUUGUAUAUUUAAAUUAUCAGGAUUAGUUAUUUUAUUAGUAUCUAUUGUAGUUAUGUACACAGCGUUUCUUCUUGUAGACGAAAUAACUUCGAUGUGAGAAACGACGAAAAAUAGGAACAAAGAAUCUGUAAUGUGAAAUCUUUUUGGUAAAUAAAGAUAA